AUGUGGAAGCUAGGGAAAUCUUAUGGACAUACAUCUUGGAAGCAGUGUAAAGAAGUACUUCUUUGUAAUGCAGAAGGUAAUGUGAAUGUGAAAGAAACAGAAACACACCAUGAUGUUCAGAUCCAUGAAAAAUAUUGCAGUGCAGAGAAACCCUAUGUAUGUAAGCAAUGUGGGAAAGCUUUUACCAGACCUGGACGUUGUAAGGCACAUGAAAGAAUUCACACUGGAGAGAAACCAUAUGUAUGUAAGCAAUGUGGGAAAGCUUUUACCAGACCUGAAUAUUGUAAGGAACAUGAAAGAAUUCACACUGGAGAUAAACCAUAUGUAUGUAAGCAAUGUGGGAAAGCUUUUAACAUACGUGCAAGUUAUAAGGUUCAUGAAAGAAUUCACACUGGAGAGAAACCAUAUGUAUGUAAGCAAUGUGGGAAAGCUUUUAAAACACAGGGAGAUUGUAAGAAUCAUGAAAGAAUUCACACUGGAGAGAAACCCUAUGUAUGUAAGGAAUGUGGGAAAGCUUUUACCAGACCUGGAUGUUGUAAGAAACAUGAAAGAAUUCACACUGGAGAGAAACCCUAUGUAUGUAAGCAAUGUGGGAAAGCUUUUACCAGACCUGGAUUUUGUAAGGAACAUGAAAGAAUUCACACUGGAGAGAAACCAUAUGUAUGUAAGCAAUGUGGGAAAGCUUUUAACACACAUGCAAAUUGUAAGGUUCAUGAAAGAAUUCACACUGGAGAGAAACCCUAUGUAUGUAAGCAAUGUGGGAAAGCUUUUACCAGACCUGGAUUUUGUAAGGAACAUGAAAGAAUUCACACUGGAGAGAAACCAUAUGUAUGUAAGCAAUGUGGGAAAGCUUUUAACACAUGGGGAUACUGUAAGCAACAUGAAAGAAUUCACACUGGAGAGAAACCCUAUGUAUGUAAGCAAUGUGGGAAAGCUUUUAACACACAUGCAAAUUGUAAGGUUCAUGAAAGAAUUCACACUGGAGAGAAACCCUAUGUAUGUAAGCAAUGUGGGAAAGCUUUUACCAGACCUGGAUUUUGUAAGGAACAUGAAAGAAUUCACACAGGAGAGAAACCAUAUGUAUGUAAGCAAUGUGGGAAAGCUUUUAACACACAUGCAAAUUGUAAGGUUCAUGAAAGAAUUCACACUGGAGAGAAACCCUAUGUAUGUAAGCAAUGUGGGAAAGCUUUUACCAGACCUGGAUUUUGUAAGGAACAUGAAAGAAUUCACACAGGAGAGAAACCAUAUGUAUGUAAGCAAUGUGGGAAAGCUUUUAACACACGUGCAAAUUGUAAGGUUCAUGAAAGAAUUCACACUGGAGAGAAAGCAUAUGUGUGUAAGCAAUGUGGGAAAGCUUUGAGGCCCCAUGUCUGA